AACGCUGCGGCUCUGGACGGGAGCGGGGCCGAGACUGCAGCCGCGGCGCCCGCGCACCGAGGGUGUGACGGUAUGGACCGCGAGCAGAGGCCGGGGGCCCGGCUGCUGAGGCUGCUGCAGCUGCUGUGGCUGCUGCCCCGCUGCUGGGCGGUGCCCGACGCGCCGACCCCGGUGCGGGGGGACGGCCCUCGGAACCACACGUUCCGGCACACUGUCUUCUGCCAGGACCGGGAGCCCAGGGUCGGGCUGUCUGAGAGCUACGAUGAAGACCAGCUGUUCUCCUACGACUUCCAGCAGAGCAGCAGGGUGCCCCGGCUGCCUGACUUUGCCCAGUGGGCUCAGGAGCAGGGAGAUGCUGCCGCCAUUUCAUUUGACAAAGACUUCUGCCAGUUUCUGGUCCGGGAAGUGAGCCCACAGGCUGAAGGGCAAAUCCCGGUGUCCAGAGGCUUGCCGAUAGCUGAGGUGUUCACACUGAAGCCCCUGGAGUACGGCAAGCCCAACACGCUGGUCUGCUUCAUCAGCAACCUCUUCCCACCCACCCUGACGGUGACCUGGGAGCACCAGUCCGCCCCCGUGGAGGGAGCCAGCCCCACGACCAUCUCGGCCAUCGACGGACUCACCUUCCAGGCCUUCUCUUACUUAAACUUCACACCGGAGCCCUUUGACCUUUACACUUGCAUCGUGACCCAUGAGAUUGAUCGUUACACAGCAAUCGCCUUUUGGGUGCCCCAGAAUGCCCUGCCUUCGGAUCUCCUAGAGAAUGUUCUGUGUGGUAUGGCCUUCGGCCUAGGUGUCCUGGGCAUCAUCGUGGGCACUGCCUUCUUCGUCCACGCCUGGAGACCUUGCUCAGGUGGCUGACUCUGCCAGAGCUUGGGGGACAGCGCUGGAGUCUGUGCCUCCCCAGGGUCUCUCCUCGGCACAGAGGUCCCUGGGAUUCCUCGGGGUGUGUGCCGGUGUGCAGGGGAGUCCGCUGAGGUUCUGCUGUCCCUGGACUUGCCUCCAGGAGAGCUUGAUCAGGAGCCCAGGACACCAGCCUGCACCACCUCACACCUUCUCUCUUCCAGGAAAUAAACCUUAUUUCUUAA